AUAAUAAACAUGAUACAAAGAAGAGAAAUGGCGAGGCAACAAUAGCGGCUCAAUACGCACAAGAGAUGCGAGAGAAGGGGGAACAGAUCACAGACCAGUCCCUUGAAAGCACAAGAAGAAUGGCAAAAAUCUUGCAUGAGGCUAAGGAGGCAGGUAUCCGUUCUCUGGUCCUGAUUGACGAACAGGGAGAACAGCUUGAUCGAAUCGAGGAUGACAUGAACCAGAUCAAGGAAGACAUGGAGGACGCAGAGAAAAAUCUAGAGGGGCUCCAAAAGUGCUGUGGACUGUGUGUGCUACCCUGGAAAAGUCCACAAAUAUUUAGCAGAGGAGGAGAGUAUGGAAAUACCUGGAGGCUUUCCGAGGAUGGCAAAUUGAAUUCCGAUAGAAGACGAGUAGCUGCAGGCAGGGAGACGGGUUCUAAGGGCCCCAUUAUAACUAGAAUAACCAAUGACGAGAGAGAGGAUGAGAUGGAACAGAACCUGACAAGUGUGGGGGAUGUUCUGGGAAACCUGCGGGAAAUGGCCAUUGACAUGGGGAGUGAAAUAGAGUACCAGAAUAGACAACUGGACCGCAUCAAUAUCAAGGACCUUACAGACAGGAUAUGUAAAAACUCUGAAUCCAAACAGAGAUCAGAUCAGUCUCUCAGUUAUAAUGUCAAACACAACGUUUAUCAGUACCAUGACGUCAGUAUUGACGUGUCAACAGAUGACAUCAUCACAAGAGAUAGAACCGGAAGUGAGCACGUUGAUAUGGAGUGGGACAUAAUACAGCGGGACAAGGACCAACUGAUUAAUGUAGAUAAUGAUAAAAAUGACGUCAUAACCGAAGAAAUAAAUGACCGAAAAGAUGACAGAAUUCAGGCAGCAGAGGAAUCACCGUCCAUUUCCGCCCUGAAUCUCCAAGUAAUGGCGAUUGUUGACGCUCAGUUGUUCCGGAAGUUCCUCAAGAGAAACCACCGAGACGUACGUCAGACCCACAACGCCAUCAUCACGUACUUCAGCUCAGUGUUCGCUAUGGUGAACGAAAGAUUCCAAACCAUGAGGAAAUUUGGUCUAGACAUCACAAUUAAGUUGGCAGCCAUCGUCAUAGAAGAGCGAGAACAAGAUGUCCCUUGGUUGAGAGGACACGUCCGACGUCCUUCUUACACCAGGGAGGCCAUGAUAGACGUGGAAUCAGUGUUGCGUGACUUAACAAAAUGGCUGCAGAAUAGCAGCUUACCAAACUACGAUCACGCAGUGGCCUUUACUGGUCUCGGUGCUGUUCAUGAUGGUCAAAGUAGCAAUAGCGGGAAUUGCUCUGCAGAAGAUAACUACAUAAUGGCGCCUCAACAUCAGAUGAACCCAGAGAAAGUUCAAAAUCUUUUCCAUUUCUCGCACUGUUCAAGUAGUAAAAUUCUUCAACUUAUCAGGUCCAAUAAGCCCCAGUGUCUGUAUGAUGCUAAUCCUGAAUUCCCGUAUCCCUAUGACCUUGACACACGACCUCCAGGUCAGACAUUCACUCGUGAGACGCAGUGUAAACUGGUGUUCGGUGAGAAUUCUACACUUUGCUUUUACAUUACCCCGUCUCGGUCUAAUGAUGACCGAUUUUGUGGAAAUGUUUGGUGUCAGAAUCCAGACAACCCUAAAAUGUGUCAAACUAAAGCGAGGCUCGUGACCUUACCGGGAACCGUAUGUGGGGAAAAUAAGAUUUGCAGAAUGGGAAAGUGCGUUCCAAAAAAUGCCAGCAGAGAAUCUGAGUUGUGUGGAUCCGCGCCUGAGGAUGAGGUGUACUGUCACAGGCUGCUCCAGAGACAGGGAGAAGAAGCGUGCCAGUUCGCGGCAGUAAGGAACGUGUGUUGUAGGACGUGUCUAGGGGUUACAGGACAGAGGGGUCAGGACACUGUCAGUAAAUGAAACUCAGAGACAGGGGAGUCGGAAGCUGGCAGAAAAUGACCCUGGAUGUGAAACUGGGCACGGACAGUGUGUCAUCUAAUGUACAAGAGUUUGAUACAUUGUGUA